AUGAGAAGCCAUCCCGCUGGUACACUAGAUCUUGUGGUCUUGCAUCCAAUCAAGGAGAGAUUUGAGUGGACCCAAAUUCCGUCGGACGUCAAGAAACUCGCGGAAAUGAGAACCUAUGGACUAGCGAAGAAAGAAGAUGCUUAUGAUGUCUAUGGCAUCUUGAAGGAGGAAGGAGCGAUCGCCAUUGUACGACCUGAUGGAUAUGUGGGAGUACUUUGUCACCUGUCCGCUCCUGAGAUCGCUGAGACCUACUUGAAGGAUUGCUUGGUCACAGUGUGA